AUGCUGGGCGAGAGUCACCCCGGCAGUAUCAGACUCCCGACUCGGCAUACGGCUCAGACGUUGAUCAACGACCACGAUAUCAUACCACCAACGAACUAUCUCCGCAGGUGCAGCCUCCAGUGCUGCCUUCUCCUCGGUCGGAGCACCAAUUCUAUCGUCCUGUUCAAGCAAGCCCGCACUCUCCUCUUCAGCAACGACCACUCACGGCUGGUGCCCAACCCAGGUCUCCGAGGAGCAAGUAUGUUGAGUACUGUCACGACCAUGACAUACGACUCUCAGGCGACGGCAAGUGGAGAAAAACGGCUCAAGAAGAAGCGCAGCGCAUUUGGCUGGCUGAAGAAGGCUUUCUCUCUCGACGAGGAGGAGCGAAUGGCAUACGAGCAACGCAGACAGCAGCAAACGCCCAACAUGUACUACGAUGCCAGGAGCCCCAAAUUCUUGGACGGCAAGAGAGUCACACCACGCUAA